GGGCUAAGUUAAAUAAUUAAAUUUAAAUCACCUUUCAAUGAUUGCUAAAGGAGAAGUCUUCAAAAUGGAAGCAAAACAAGGAGUGGUCUGAAAAUGGCUGCUUGUCCCCUUCUCAAUCCUAACUGUCACUGGAGCAGCAGCUUCAUUAUCGUUAUGGGAGGACUGGGAUGCCGUAUUUGAAAAGCAAGGAUAUAAUAAAUCAACCAAAGACUGGCUGCUAUUCGUUGUUCUCUUCGGAUACUUGGGCUCAAAUCCGGGCCUAGUUACUCACUUUCUAGGGCAUAUAGGUGCUUACGUGCUUGCUAUAAUUUUAACUCUUGUCAGUUAUAUAGGGUUAGGAAUUUGAGCCACUUUUAAGCACGGAAGUGGAUGGCAUUUAUUCUCCACGCUCUUAUUCCUAUACUUGGCUUCAUUUGCAUCCUCAAUUGCAAUUGUAGCCACAAUAAGUGAAACACUUCACAAUUUCUCCAAAAGAGCAGGGAAAUUCUAUAUUGUGCUAAUGAUGGUCUACACCUUACUGGCUUAUAGUUUCGAAGAAUCUCUCAGGAAAGGAAUGCUCAGAGGAAUUUCAACAAGGCUUUACUAUCCAAUCCUUGGAAUUUUUGUGGCAAUUGUGUAUUCUAUCAGCUGUUUUAUCUCAAAAAUAGUGGUGAUUGAGGACUUUUACUCUCGAAUAACUGUGUCUCAGGAUGUAAUAGGGAUGUUAUUCCUUCUCUUGCUCGCAGGCCUGAUGAUCAUGGUAAACUACCUUUGAUUCCUUGUGAAUUUCCAAUAUACAAUUUAUUUCAUCAUUUUUGUGAUUGUGCUAGCCAUAAAUUUUAUGGCUGCUUAUGCUAUAAUCCAGGUAUCCCACAAGAAAAUCGACUCUCCAAAACCUUAUGAAGAAUACCUUGAGGAUGAGGAAGAUCCAGAAGGGACUCCACUAGGGGAGGCUAUAAAGGACUACAAGCUAUACGGUGUACUUAUUAGCUCCUUUAUAAUCAUUGGGACUUCUUCAACCUUCCUCAAGAAUAUCAAGGUAAUUAAAAUAGCAAAUUAUGCGAUGGCUCCAGAAUCGACUUAUUCUAGCCUAUUUUUGCUGUGUCAGUCCUUGGGAGCUUUAGUGUGAGGACUCCUAGGCCUCUAUGCAAACCAGUUCCUCUUCGGUACAAUUGGAGCAAUCAUGGCAAUCAUCGGAUACUUCUGUGUCAUUUUUCUGAGCUGGUUUUAUCUCGAAACAGUUUUAAUAGCCUUCUCAAACGGAAUCUGGUGGGUUCUAGCACCUCUGAUAGUCUAUCGGUUCUUUGGAGCAAAGCCCUUCGCAGGAGUAUGGGGAACAAUCCUAACGAUUAACUUCUGGGGAAUGUUCCUCUUAGGUUUUGUAUUCACACUCUUUUGGGAAAACCAUCCUGAUCCUUUACCAUGGAGCUUAGGAAUAUAUUCAGGUGCAUGUCUAGUUGCGAUUAUUGUUCUCGCAUUAAUUCUGAACAAGAAUUCAAAUUAA